UUUCAUCCGGGGGUUAUCCCACGAGUGCUUCUCCGAAACAGUCUUUGUGGUGGAGUAAAGUUCAAUGUGCAUUUAAGGAGCCCAUAACGGUAAAUGCAUUUCUCAGAGAGAUAUUAAUAUAUUAGUACAGCCAGGAUUAAGGGUCUCACUCACUGACCAGCCAUGGCAUCUGGAGGAUUUUAUGGCAGAGGAGGAAGGGGCAGGUCAAUUCUAGAUGCUUUGAAGCAACCAGCACGGAAACCGGGUCAACAAGAGGAGCAAGCUCAAGCGCAGGCCACUGCCCCAGUUGCCCCCCAGAGUAGUGAUGCAACACCAAAGCCAACCACUGCCCCCAUUACCCUGGGAAGAGGGGGAGGACUGCUAGCCAUGAUGCAGAAAGCCCAGCUUAGUUCUCAGCCAGGUGCUUCAGCAGAAACAACAGCUCCCAAACCUGCUGGUCCAGCUAUGCCCUUUACCAUGCCAAAAGGAAGGGGUCUUGGCGGCAUGAAAGAACUGCUUCAAAAGGCCUCACAGGGCAGAGGAAUGCCUGCGUCCGUCGAGGCUUCAAGUCAGCCAUCUGCAGCAGUUACCUCCUCAUCCAGUACACCUCCACAACCUUCAGGUGCUGGUGCUGCUCUUUCCCCUGCCCCACCCACAGAGGAGUUGAGCAGACUAACAAUAUAUGAGAGGAGGGAGGCUGUCCAUCGUUCAGGAGAAGAAGGAAAAGUAAUGCCAUUCUCCGCCAACCAUAUCCGUGUCAAGUGCAGGAACAGCGGAGUUUUUCAGUAUGAUGUGAAGUUUGAUCCCGUCAUAGACAGUAAAGGCAUGAGGAUUGGCAUGCUUAAUGAACAUAGACCUGUUAUUGGUCAGACCAAAGCCUUUGAUGGAAGACUCCUCUUCUUGCCUAUCAGACUGCCACAAAAUGAAACAGUUCUGCACAGUGUUAGGAAGACUGAUGGUAUUAAUGUCACAAUCACCAUCAGGUUAACAACAGUUGUGGAUCCUACUCAGUGUGCUCAUCUCUACAACAUUGUCUUCAGAAGGAUCAUGAGCAUCUUGGACAUGUGUCAAGUUGGCAGAUACUAUUACAAUCCCCACACACCCUCGCAAGUGCCACAGUACAAACUGGAAGUGUGGCCAGGAUAUAUUAGCUCAAUCAAGGAGCAAGAAGGUGGACUGUUGCUCAACCUGGAUGCCUCUCACAGAGUACUGCGCACAGAAACAGUACUAGAUGUCAUGCAAAGUAUAGCCGUCAGGAAUCCAAAUAACUGCCAAGAUGAUAUAGUUCGCAAGGUGAUUGGGUCUGUUGUACUCACUCGCUACAACAACAAGACAUACAGGGUGGAUGAGAUCAAGUGGGACAUGAAGCCCCUCGACACCUUCAAGAGUUGUUCCACAGGGGAGGAGAUUUCCUUCUUGGACUACUACAGGAAAAAUUAUAACAUCACUAUUCGUGACGCGGAACAGCCCCUCCUCAUCAACCGUCCAAGGAAGAAGCGUGAACCAGGGGAGAGGGAGCCUAAGAUUGAGAUGAUCUGCCUGGUCCCUGAACUGUGUUACAUGACAGGUCUUACAGAUGAGAUGAGAUCUGAUUUUAGGCUCAUGAAGGACAUUGCUGUGCACACUCGGGUCACACCUAUGCAAAGAAUUAUUGCAAUGAGAAAGUUCAUUAAUAGCAUCAAUACCACUGAUGAGGCAAGGAAACAGCUGGAAAACUGGGGUCUUGAGUUGGAAACAGACACCAUAAGAAUUGAGGGUCGCCUGUUGAAAGAAGAAAAGAUAAAAAUGCAUCGUAAAGAUUUCAUGGCUGGUCCGGAAGCUGAUUUUGGGCGAGAAGUGACCCGAUCUUCAGUGCUUGUUGCAGUUGAUCUUCGCAACUGGAUUGUCUUCUUCACUAAGAGAGAUACGCCCAGAGCUGUUGACUAUAUCCAGAUGAUGAAAACAGUGGGUCCACAAAUGGGCAUUCAAAUUCAAGAUCCAUUAAAACGGGAUUUGAAAGAUGAUCGCACAGAGACAUUUGUAAGAAGUUUGCGGGAAAACGUCAACCCAAGGGUUCAAAUGGUUGUUGUGAUCUGUCCGACCAGCCGAGAUGAUAGGUACUCAGCAAUUAAGAAGUUUUGCUGUGUUGAAUGUCCUGUGCCUUCACAGGUUAUUAUCUCCAAAACAAUUGGAAAUCAAAACAAACUGCGAAGUGUGACUCAGAAGAUUGCUCUUCAAAUGAACUGCAAGCUUGGUGGAGAGCUGUGGGCCUUAGAGAUUCCUCUGAAAGAUCUGAUGAUCGUGGGAAUCGAUGUGUUUCAUGACGCAUCAAAGGGCAAACGCUCCAUAGCUGGGUUCGUUGCUAGCACCAACCGCACAUGCACCCGUUGGUUUAGCCGAGUACACUUCCAGGUGCCACAUGAAGAAUUGGUCAAUGGACUAAAGACAAGUCUUCUGUCGGCUCUUAGAACAUACCAUGAGAUUAAUCACAAGCUGCCUGAGAAAAUCCUCGUGUACCGUGACGGAGUUGGGGAUGGACAGCUGAAGGUCGUGUCUGAACAUGAAGUCAAGCAGCUGGCCACAUGUUUCAUGCACUUCCCCAACUAUGAGCCCAAACUGUCUGUAGUGGUUGUCCAGAAGAGAAUCAACACCAGACUCUUCUACCAAACUGGAAGUAACAGAGUAGACAACCCACCGCCUGGAAGUGUCAUGGACCACACUAUCACCCGUAGAGAUUGGUAUGACUUCUUUCUGGUGUCCCAACAUGUGAGGCAGGGAACUGUGUCCCCUACCCAUUACAUCGUUGUUCAUGAUGGCAGUGGCAUGAAGGCAGACCACAUGCAGAGGCUGGCCUACAAGAUGACCCACAUGUAUUACAACUGGCCAGGCACAGUCAGAGUACCAGCACCUUGCCAGUAUGCUCACAAACUUGCAUAUUUGGUUGGCCAGAGUAUUCACAAGGAGCCAAGUGAACUGCUGUCCGACAGGUUGUUCUUCCUGUAAGCAAACAUCACACUGUUCAUUCAGAUGAAUCUCUCCAUUCCAGACAACACUGCCACAUCUCAGGGAAUGUAAAUAGGCUUGUUCUGUUGUGCUUGCAUAAUCAAAGGACUCAGUGAAGAGCAUGUGGUGCUCAUAUAUGUUUACAUGAGUUUUAAUAACAGUCGGCACUCCUCCAACAGGACUAACAGUGUGAUGGUAACGAUGUACUUUGUUGUCAUGCUCAUUCAACUGCCAGGAUGAAGAUGUCUGAACGUUUGUUUCUGUGAUCAUUCAGUUUUUAGUUGGACCAAUGAGUUCCAGUAUGUUUUGUAGGUUGAGCUGUCCCACAAUUAUUAUUUAUUUCAUAUUUUAUGUUAAUGUCUGUGAUUUUAGAAGGAUUUUAGAACCAGUUGGAUGAUGAUGUUGAUAUGAUAAGUUAGCAAAUGUAGUAUUCAGAGUGUUUUGGCAAGAAAAUAAACAUGCAAUCUACAUGAGAUCUACUUGCAAUAAUUGAAAUAUUUCUACAUCAAUUGUCUUCACUCUUUGAUAAAGGAGGUCAAUUUCAUGUGGAGCCUUUGCAUACUAACAGUUUUCAAAAAAUGUUUGAGCGUGUGGAUAUCUAGUCAGCCUGUAUGAGUGCAUUGUUCUAACGUGUGUGUGUGUUUCAUCAUCAUAUUAUUGUUUGUUUCUGCUUUAUUAGACAGUUAACACUUUCAUUCAGAAGUCUGACCCACAUGAGACCAUCUUUAUGCCUCAAGCAUAUUUGAGCUGACAGGAAAAGUAACCUAGUGUCUCUUAAUUGAGUCGAAAAUAUAAAAUAUAAAAUUGAAGACCAAUGCUUGCAGAUAAGCUGUCUGAAUUAUUGCUACCAUGUUUAUAUUUGUGCAUAGAAAUAUGAAGUAAUAACUACUGAUACCUAGAAAUAGAACAAUGUUGACGAGUAGAAGGAUAAGCGUUGAUAACAAUUUGACAACCCUAGAUAGUUUGUGAAAAUCUGUGAAGUAUGAAAUUAUACUUAUUUCUAAAAAGAUGUUCAUGCAAGAAUACAACUUUAAAAAAUACCAAAUUCUUACGACAUUAUUGGAAUAAAAACAACCUAAAAUUGGACCUGUGGCAUUGUUUAAUAAAGUUACAAAUUGGAUGGGAGACAUCUAGGGAAGACUUUCCCAACUUCACCAUUUGUGUAAGUAAUACAACAAUAUGUGGAGCAUUGCUCACUCAAUCAGCAUGGCGAGAGGGCUGGUAGCACAGAGAGUUGGUCUAAAAUGAUUGACAGGGUGCUUGUAUGUCGUUUACUGAGACUGGUUUCACCAGCGUCAGCAACUAUGGAAGGUUUUGUCAAACAUUGAUACAUGUCAAUACUUCUAACAUAAGAGCGUUUAGAACACAGGCUUGUAAUGUUUCUUUUUUUAAACUUGCAUUAUAAUACAUGACAUUUAAAGAUUAAAACAAAAUGCCUGAUUUUUCAACAGUUGUCAGAGUCAUGUACUUAUGCAUCUUUAUGUAAUUGUGAUACAUAUAUUAUGGCAACCUGUUGAAGGCUAUGUUUUGGUACUUAUAUAUCAUUAGGAAUAACAUGUAGUAAUCAAGCUGUGUCAGGUGUGUCAGGAAACCAAAAAUCUGUUUUACUAUACCAGAACUGUUGGCUGUUCUUAUGCUGAACUGGAAUAUUAUGAUAAUCUUUUAGGAACACUUAAAGAGUUGAACAUUUGUGUCAAAGAAAGUUUUCUAGUUGGUGUAUUUGGAAGCAAGUGUGAUGUGUACAUGUUGCUUAGACACUGAAUUGUUUUAUUUUAUUCAUGAUCAAUGUGUCUUACAUUGAAACCCAUUUUAACUUCACAUUUGUUCAUCUGUGACAAGCAUCUGUGUUUUCUGUUAAAUUUUAUUUGAAAAUAAGAACAGCAUUAUUUUUAUAUUUGAUAACUUGCCAAUAAAACAAUAUUACAAUAUUGUUUUAGGUCUGCUGGCAAUAUUAAGUUAGGUAUAAAACCAUAUCAUAAUUAAGUUGGAAAUGUGAACAUAAUUGUUAGAUAUUACAAUCAAGACAAAUUCAUAUUUAAGCUUUAAGAUAUGAAAUAAAUGAUUUCUUAUUGAGCACAAUUGGAUAUUUAGAUAAUCAAAAUGUAUGUAUCCAGUGGGUUAAAAUUUGUUUCCAUUUUCAUUAAGGAUACUUCUUAUUGAUGCGUUUUAAUACUCAGUAAUUACCUGUUUUGACCUCAGAAUGUUAAUGGCAAGGUACUUCAAACAUUUCAAAGAUCAUUUAUUUUCUCAUUUAUCAAGAAUGAAAAGUGAUUAGGUCCUGUUGAGGAAACUGCCUCAGAUGUUAUCUUUUUAAUUUGAACAUAGUUCAAUCAGUAAGUCCAUACAUUUUAUACUCAAUUGAAUAUGUUGUUUCAUAAUAAAAUGUAAAAUGUUG